AAACAUGUGAGGAUAUCUACCCUCCGCCAAAAGAGAUUGCAGAAGCUCUACAGGAUGCAGGUGUGCCAAGCAAAAGCGCAAAGGGAGAAAUGAAGUACAACUACCCGAAACUGAACAAACUUGCCAAGAAGUUGUUCAAAGGUAUAACAACGCACUUCCAAGACACUGGACUUGGUCAGAACCUUGCCAGAGACUCGGCACCACUGUUGAAAGCAAUCAUUUUUUGCCGCAGACAAAUUAGUGUCACUGAGGCACAUCCUCUGUUUCAGCCAUAUGGAAAAGACCGGAUGGUGUUUAUCAUUGAUAAUUGCGAAAAAACCUGCGGCCUUCAACGUCCAGUGAUGCAUUUCAGAACUCUGACUGAGCAGAAGAAAUCAAAGACAAAGGGCUUUCGCAGUGGCGACGAUGGUUUGCGGCUUGGAUUGUGUAUGCUUCUGCCAGAAUACAGAUCUGCAGUAGGCUUGGUUCUCUCCGGAAAGAAGGACCGAAAGAUGAUGGAUCAAUCCUGUGAUCCAUCCCUUGCAUUGUUCGAGAAAAUUUAUGAUGAAGCUUUCAUGAAAAGGGACCGUUCAUUUGAAAGCCUAAGUGAAGACUAUUGGAAAGAAAUGGCUGAGCUCCCACAAGAUAAGGACAGAUGGAACCCAAACAACCCUUCCAUUUUUGAACACAAGCGCGGUGGUGCUUGGCUCAAGGAAACAUGGGAGAGAUACCUCCGGCCCAGAUACAAAGCUGCCUUGGGUAAAUGGAACAAGGAGACAGGUGGAGGCCAAGGCAAACCUGCCAAUUUCUAUAGAUACUGUGGCAAACAAUGCGACGAAUGGCUAGUUUGGGUCUUCAUCAAGGACAUGGAGAAAAACUUCUUGCUUGCAUCCCCUACUGGAGGACAGAUGCCUGCACAUAUCUCUGUGGAAGCUGGUUUUGAGUCUGAAUCUGAAGAUGAUGAUGUCCGUAGCACUUCUUCGUCUUCUUCAGUUUCAUCUAGUGGGAAGAGACGAGCCAACUAUAACAAGAAGAUGGCAAAAAGGAAGAAAGCCAACAGAAAGGAAACUGCAGUAAAGCUGGCAGCUGCAGAUCAACAAUAUUCAAAGAUUUCCAGAAUGAUUGAUGUUGCAGAGAAUCUGAUGAAAAGCAUGCAAUCCAACAUGGUCGCCAACAAGACAGAUACGGUCGCCUCCUUUGUUGCGGAGGUAGAUGUAUGCUUCGAAAAGCUAAACAACACAGCUCAUUUGGAGUCUAUGUCACCAGAUAGCAAGGAAUCUUACAAACGCUUUUGGAAUAGUCGUCGCAAAUCCUACAUGGCGAGAGUCAAGGAAGCUGACCAGAAUGGCUUAUUUGGUGAUGAUUAG